CGAAGAUCAAACCAAAAUAGAAACAUUAUGUACGAUUUUUAUAGUUAUAUUUGAUCCUAGAAUAAAAAUCCCUAGAACGUUUAUGUCAAAACAGCUGAUUACAGUAACUCAUGAAAACCAAAAUUCAUAUUAAUUGAAAAGCUAUUGAAAAGUAGGUUAAAAAAGGUCAAAUAUAAAUUACGUUAUUGUUAAAUUUCAAUAAAAGAUUGUGAUUAUUUCAGUGAUAUACAAUUGUUAAGUGUGAAUUUUUCAACAUAACAGAUGUUUAUUGUGAGAAAUGUCACAAAUUGAUAUCCAGGACUUAUUCGAUAAAAGCAGGUUUCCCAGUGGUUGGCGUCUUGCACCUAUAUUUUUAUAUAUCCCAUUGGGUCUUGUACUUGCACUAUUACGAUUGUUGAUUGCUCUACAACUUUGGCUUAUUGCAAUAUUAUUACCUGAUUGUAACACUCUUCGGAAAUUUUUACAUCAUGGAUUUAGUUUUGUUUUUGGUAUACUGACGAAGAUAUCUGAAGGUGAAGUUAGAGACAAGCAAUCAAGGAUUAUAAUUAGUAAUAAUAUCUCUGUAUUGGAUCAUUUUGCUUUGUAUAAAGCUACACAAGCACUAAGUCCUGUUAUGUGGGAGAUACCUACUGCCAUGACCAAUGCACUAGGAUUACAAGUGAUGGAUAUGAGUAACAAAGAAACUUUAAUUGCCAAUGUGAAACAAUUUCUUUCUACAACAAAUUACACUGUUGCAAUACAACCUGAAUUUGCUACAACCAAUAGUCGUGUAGCCUUGUUAAUGUUCAAUUCUUGGCCAUUUACCAUAGAAGCAUCUGUUCAACCAGUUACAAUUAAAGCAUGGAGGCCAGAAUUCAUACCCAUUCAUCUUACCUCAUUGGCAUCUAGACGAUGGAUAGAUAUUUUUUGGUUCAUGUUUGUCCCUUAUACAGUCUUCACAAUUAAGUACCUGAAAAUCAAACAAAAUCGAAAUUGUGAAAUACUAGUACGGGAAGUAGAAAAGGACAUAGCAACUAGUCUUGGACUUCAAACAACUUCUCAUACUGUAUUAGAUAAAAAAGAACUUGAAAAACGCUAUAUUAUGGAAAGAACACAAAGUAGAAGAUUUAAUAGAAAUUCUCCAACUUCGCAAGUUCAUAAUAUUGAAAUACAGAGGAUGGUUCGACAAGUCAUAAAAACACGCAAUGUUGAUAUAACAAUUGCCAAUAUAUUGGAUGGCAUAGUUACUUAUACUCCAGAUUCAUCUCAAACUGUUACACAAUCAGCAUCAUUAAAUCAAUUACAAAAAAGUACAGUUAAGGAUAACAGUAAUGCAGGAUCUUCUUCCUUUCAGGAAAGAAAAAUUAAAAUGAUAAGGGAAGCUAGGGAAAGAUAUAUUCAAAAACAUGGACUUAAAAAUUGCUGACAUUCUCAUCACAAUUUUAUUCUGGUUAUUGUGUCUUUAUUAAUUACAAAUAUCUAACGUUUUACCGUAUGUGUAUUUACUAUUACAUAUUGUGAAUACAACUUUAUUUCAAAAAUAUGAUUGUAUAUUUUUACAAUUUCUUAUCCUUUUACAUAAAUAUUAUAUUAUUAUUGUGGAAAAUAUGUUUUGGAAAACAAUAUUCUCAGUCAAUUCAUGUUUUUCAAAUUGCAAAUAAAAUGAAAAUUUCAUUUAUAUAUUAGUAUAUUAUAUAUAUCAUUAUUUUUAUUCAUAAAUCUUUUAUUCUAAGUGUAUGGCACAAAAAUUAAUAAAAUAUAAGAAGAAAUAUAUAAAAAUGCAUUAUAUUUAUAUUUCACUACUUACUCGUAAUAUUAAUAUAUACUUAUAAACUAUUGGAAGACAUUCAAUUUCAUAAAUUGUAGAUUAAUCCUAAUUUUAUAUAAAAGAUAUUUAAAAUCUACCUAUUUUUACUGAACAAUAUAUUAUUACUGAGCAUUUUUUAACUUAAAUAUAAUUAAUUUCGUUCAAGUAAAUAUUAAAAUCAAAUGAUAAAUAAAUUCAAUGAUUAAAUUAAUACUUUUUAGGAUCUAAUAUCCUUUUAAUAUUAUUGUACUAGAAAAUUCAAAUAAAUUGCUUAAUCAAAUAUUCAAUGAUACUUAAGAUUUCCAAGACAUACAUAUUUUAUCUCAAGAAAAUCUUCAACACCAUGUCUAGAACCCUCUCUUCCUAAACCUGAUUCUUUUACACCUCCAAAAGCAGCUUCUGCUGUGGAGAUUAUUCCUUCAUUUACACCAACCAUUCCAACUUCUAAUUGUUUUGCUACCCUAAAUAUUUGCGAUAUAUCUUGAGAGUAAAAAUAUCCAGCUAAUCCAACAGAUGUAUUAUUAGAAUUUUCUAUAACUUCAUUUUCGGUUUCAAAUUUAUGAAUAACAGCUAUUGGGCCAAAAAUUUCCUUGUUAUAUAUUUGCAUUUCUUUAGUAACAUUAGUUAUAAGUGUGGGAGCAUAAAAUAGUGGCCCUAAUUCAGGCAAUGGUGUACCACCACAAUGCACUUUUGCUCCUUUUUCUACAGCAUCAGUAAUUAAUGCAUGAAUCAUAUUUAACUGACUUUCUUUAAUGAGAGGCCCAUGUGUAACCUCUUUCUUAUUACCAUCACCCAUUUUAAUUUCACUUUGAAUUUUUGAUAAAAACAUUUCUAUAAAUUGAUCAAAUUUAUUACUAUGUACGAAGAAUCUAUUUGCAGAAACACAUGUUUGACCACAAUUACGAAAUUUACUUAACAUAGCACCUUGUACAGCUAUAUUUAAAUUUGCAGAAUCAAAAACAAUAAAUGAUGCAUUACCUCCUAAUUCAAGACAAAGUCGCUUUAUAGUUGAAGCACUUUGUUUAUACAAAAUUUUCCCAACAGCAGUUGAACCAGUGAAUGAUAAAACUUUUACAUUAGGAUUUUCACAUAAUUCCCUGCCAACAUUAGGAGAAUUUUUUAAACUGGUUGUAAUUACAUUUAUUGUUCCACGAGGAAAACCUGCUUUUUCUGCAAGAUCAGCUAAUGCCAAAGCAGUAAGGGGUGUUUCUUCUGAUGGUUUAAUUACACAUGUACACCCAGCAGCCAAAGCUGCAGCUGCUUUACGUGUUAUCAUAGCAUGUGGAAAAUUCCAUGGUGUAAUUAAAGCAGCAACACCUAUAGGUUCUUUAUAUAGCAAAAGUUUUCUAUUAGAUAUUGGUGUUUGCAAUAUUGUUCCUUCAAUUCUUCUAGCUUCUUCCGAAAACCACUCAACAAAUGAAUUUCCAUAUUUGAUCUCAGCUUUAGAUUCUGCAAUAGAUUUUCCAUUUUCUUUAGUUAAAAUUUCUGCUAGUUCCUCUGUAUGUUCUACCAUUAAAUUAUACCAAUUUCUAAGUAAAUCACUUCGUUCCUUUGCUGUUGUUUUACUAAAUGAUUUGAAAGCUUCAAAUGCUGCAUUAAUUGCUAAUCUUGUGUCUUUUAUAUCCAUAUCAGGUACAUUGUUAAUAACAGAUUGAUCAACUGGAUUAUAAAUAGGAAAUGUCUCAUUUUUUCUCCCUCCUAUCCACUUUCCAUUGAUAUAUCCUUGAUCUCUUAGAAGAUGCAAUGAUCGAUUUAAUAAAGGAAUAUAAUAUGAAAUAUUUCUUUGUAACAUGUGCAUAUUAAAGAAAGUUGGAUAUAUAAUCUUUAAUAAAAGAACAUCAAAGAAAGGUAACUUAUGUGUUUAAUGCAAUGUUUUAUUGCAAAGGUUAUUUUCAAGUAACGUUAUAAAUUCGUCUUAUCAGCUUUAUCACAAUUGACUUUAUAUAACUUGUCACUAUUCUGAUUAAACCUAUACAUGUAUUCCAGCUUAUUCUUUGACUUUGUGGUAGUAUGUGUAGCCGGCGCGCCGGCGUCUUUCAGUCAAUAAAAAUAUUAUCUGAUUUAAAUGUGUUUUACAAUAUCAUAUUCGAUAAAACAGAAAGUACACAAGAAUUUGCAUUAUGAGUACAAAUACAAAGAGAACUAUUUACGUAGGAGGCUUAGCCGAAGAAGUUGAUGAAAAAGUACUGCACGCAGCAUUUAUACCUUUCGGAGAAAUUGUUGAUGUACAAAUACCAUUAGAUUAUGAAUCAGAAAAGCAUAGAGGAUUUGCUUUCAUUGAGUUUGAAAGUGCAGAAGAUGCAGCAGCAGCAAUUGAUAAUAUGAAUGAUUCUGAACUGUUUGGACGAACAAUCAGAGUAAAUAUUGCAAAACCACAAAAAAUAAAAGAAGGUUCAUCAAAACCUGUUUGGGCUGAUGAUGUGUGGUUACAAGAGCAUGCAGGUGAAACACUUAAAAAUGACGAUAAUUCAAAAUCAAGUGAUACAAUACAACUGAAAAAAGGAAAACAAAAUCCUCAAGUAUAUUUUGAUAUUAGUAUUGGAAAACAAGAAGUGGGUAGAAUUAUUAUGAUGCUGAGAGCUGAUAUUGUACCAAAGACUGCUGAAAAUUUCCGUGCUCUUUGCACUCAUGAGAAAGGAUAUGGUUAUCAAGGAAGUACUUUCCAUAGAAUUAUUCCAGAAUUUAUGUGUCAAGGAGGAGAUUUUACAAAUCAUAAUGGAACUGGAGGAAAGUCAAUCUAUGGAAAUAAAUUUGAUGAUGAGAACUUUGAAUUGAAGCAUACAGGACCAGGUACAUUGUCAAUGGCAAAUUCUGGACCAAAUACAAAUGGAUCGCAAUUUUUCAUAUGUACAGCACGUACAGAUUGGUUGGAUGGAAAACAUGUAGUAUUUGGACACGUUCUUAGUGGUUUAGAUGUUUUAAAAAAAAUGGAAAAAUGUGGUGCAAAAUCAGGCACUCCUACUCAAAAAGUUGUUAUAACAGCUUGUGGAGAAUUGACUUAAAUAAAUCUUGUUUAGUAAUUUACAACAUUUGCAAAUUUUAUAUCACUUAAACUUAAUAAAUAAAUUUAUAAAAAAAUAAUUCAAAACACCAUAUCCCUGAUAUUUAUUUAUUUAGAAUUCUUUCUUUCAAAAUAGUGCACAAUAAUCUAAUUGAAAUGCCAAUAAAAACCAAAAUAAUUAUUAUUAAUAAUUAUUAAUUUAAGCGCUAUAAAAUUUAUAAAAUUUUUUCAAUCGUGUAUUUUAAAAAGCUUUCUGGAGAAAUCGAACGAUUCGC